AUGGACGCCUUCUGUGACCCUGAUUCGCCCUGGGCAAAGGCCGAGGGCCUGGAUCCCAACCCCCGGUGCUGGGCAAAGCCGGUGCUUACGGAGGAUCUGCCGGCUGGAGCAGCCCCCAGGCCUGUCUCGGCCUGUGUUCUGGCUCGCACCGUGGUUGGUGCUGGAUGCUUCAAGGACCGCAGCAGGCAGGGGAUAAGCUACGCCCGUGUUCUGUCCCAGGCUGAUUUCCUCUUCAAGUUCCUGGUGAUAGGAAGUGCUGGUACUGGGAAGUCCUGUCUCCUGCACCAGUUUAUAGAGAAUAAAUUCAAGCAGGAUUCCAACCACACGAUUGGAGUGGAGUUUGGGUCGAAGGUGGUUAACGUCGGUGGGAAAACGGUGAAACUGCAGAUCUGGGAUACGGCGGGACAAGAACGGUUUAGGUCGGUGACUCGGAGCUACUACCGCGGUGCAGCCGGGGCCCUGCUGGUGUACGACAUUACCAGCCGGGAGACUUACAACGCGCUGACUAACUGGCUGACGGACGCCCGGACCCUCGCCAGCCCCAGCAUCGUCAUCAUCCUCUGCGGGAACAAGAAGGACCUGGAUGCGGACCGGGAAGUGACCUUCCUGGAAGCCUCCCGCUUUGCACAAGAGAACGAACUCAUGUUCCUGGAGACCAGCGCGCUGACGGGGGAGAACGUGGAAGAAGCUUUCUUAAAAUGUGCCAGGACCAUACUAAACAAAAUUGAAUCAGGUGAGCUGGACCCCGAGAGGAUGGGCUCAGGCAUCCAGUAUGGAGACACCUCCUUGCGCCACCUGCGCCAGCCCCGCGGGGCCCAAACACAGAGCAAGCAGCCGUGCGGCUGCUAAGUGCGACGGCACCAGGAGUCUGUCUGCAACGCUGUACCUUGGCCAGUCGGGCCCCCCGGGGCUGAAGCACUUUCUCUUCUCUUCCCAGGACCACGUGCCUCGCUCGCUGAGCCCCCGCUUCCCGAGCCGCCCGCCCCUGGGCCUCUGGCAAACUGCCCGUUUGAUUGUAUGCAGCCACGGUGUCUUCUGUCGGCCGCUCCCUGCCUGCUGCUUGUCCCCCUGAACCUGGCGCGGGCCCGGCUCAAUAACGCUGAAGUAACGGGGCCCCGGCCAGCUGCCCGGAGCGAAUUGCUGCUCUGGGUAGGAGAGUUAACGCCAGGGCGAGGGGGGAGCGGGUUCUCCUUGGGAGAUGGUUUGUUCGGGGUUGUCUCCUGCUGCUCGGAGCUAGGCAGGUGGGGGGAGCUCGGGAGCGGUUCCCUGCAGCGUGCGGCCGGCUGGGCGGGGAUUUCUGUUACACUGGUUUUGCUUUUGAAGCCGGGGUCUGGCUCCGCCUCGUCUCGCUGCUUUUCCCCCAGCCAGCCAUUGUGCUCCCAAGCACUGUGCUUGCGAACUCCGCCCUGCCCCGGGUGGCGGGGCGGGGCUGGGCGGCUGGCGCGGCCCCUUUGAAAUACUGUAACUUAAUACUGGACCAUUGGCGGCUGGGGUCACUCCUGUCUCCGGGACUCUGACCUGGCUGGGAGCUGCUCUCGAAUGGUUUAGUCUCGUGCAAUGCCCGUGGCAGGAGCCCCCCUCGGGCUCGUGCGCCAAAUCCUUUGGGCGGGCGCUGGGAUCUGAGUUUUAAAACCCC